CAGUGCUAUCGAAACAACGUGGUACAAAAAUUUCAUUUUCUUUCACAUCAAAAUCAGCUGUGAACAUCAGUAUGGCCGCUCCGUUAUCUAAAAAAUAAAAUUGUUUUUGUAAAAUCAUACAAAAAAAAUAGUAAAGUGCAGUUUUCGUACUUACACCGUCUAAUUGUAGAUUUACGAAUAGUGUUGAUGUUGACUAAAAGUGUUGCGUCAUGACAGAGACCUCUCACUGACAAACAAAUACAAUAAAAAUUGCGACUCGCUUAUUACGGCGACUUAUUGUAAUUUCUAUUUGGCCCGUGUAUCGGUUUUGUUGGUCGGUUGAGGGCUGAUGUUAUUACUGAAUCGUUGUCGAAGUUUGAAUAAUGAGUAGUGUUAGAUUGAGCUUUAUAUCCGUGGGGAGGAUAGCAGUGAGAAGAAAUUCACAAAUAUCAGGAGUCCAGCAAUGCCGAGCUCUACGACGGACGGGGCCUCGCUCCAUCAGCACCUGCGCGGUGCUGUGCAAGAGCCCCACAGAACAGCCACCGGGGGGCCCGCCGCACCCACCUAAAGAUGCUGUCAAUUCCGGGUCAUCAACAUCAGGUGGUAAGAAGUCGGGCUCCGGCAACAACAACAACGGCGUCCUGACGUGCCCGAAGUGCGGCGACCCGUGCACGCACGUGGAAACCUUCGUCAGCUCCACACGGUUCGUCAAGUGCGACAAGUGCCACCAUUUCUUUGUGGUACUCAGUGAGGUCGACACCAAGAAGAGCAUCAAAGACAAUGCAGAUAACAAGACUGGAUUCUAUAGAAAACCUCCGCCACCGCCCAAGAAAAUCUUCGAAUAUCUAAACAAGCACGUAGUGGGGCAGGAGUACGCUAAGAAGGUGUUGUCUGUGGCCGUCUACAACCAUUACAAGAGGAUCUACAACAACGUGACCAGCGGCGCGCCCGCUGACGCACACCACCCGCUACACCACACACACAGAGGAAUGUUCUGGCCUGUUCCAGACCUUCUGCACCUCAGUCACAAUACCAGCGCUGGCGGCGGCGCCGGCGCGGAGAUCCUCGAGCGUCAACAUCAUGAACUACGACUGGACAAGAGCAACGUGCUGCUGCUGGGACCUACUGGAUGCGGCAAGACCCUAUUAGCACAAACGAUAGCGCAGUGCCUGGACGUUCCGUUCGCGAUCUGCGACUGCACGACGCUCACGCAGGCCGGCUACGUCGGCGAGGACAUCGAGAGCGUCAUCGCCAAGCUGCUGCAGGAUGCUAACUUCAAUGUGGAGCGAGCGCAGACGGGGAUCGUGUUCCUGGACGAGGUGGACAAGAUCGGCGCCGUGCCCGGCAUACACCAGCUCAGGGAUGUCGGAGGCGAGGGCGUGCAACAAGGCAUGCUGAAGAUGCUGGAGGGCGCCGUGGUGUCGGUCCCCGAGAGGAACUCGCGCAAGCUGCGGGGCGACGCCGUGCAGGUCGACACCACCAACAUACUGUUCGUGGCCAGCGGGGCUUACAACGGACUCGACAGACUGGUGCAGCGGCGCAACAACGAGAAGUACCUGGGCUUCGGCGCGUGGGACCCGCGCUCCGGCCGCCGCGCCGCGCUGGCCGCCGCGCGCAGCGACGCCUCGCCGCUGGACUCCGCGCGCGCCGAGAACGACGAGCGCGACGCCUGGCUGCGCAAGGUGCAGGCCCGGGACCUCAUCGACUUCGGCAUGAUACCCGAGUUUGUAGGCAGAUUCCCCGUAUUAGUACCGUUCCACAGUCUCAAUCAAGACCUCCUUGUGCGGAUAUUAACAGAACCUAAAAAUGCUAUGGUAUCUCAAUACAAGCUCCUGUUCGCGAUGGACAAGUGCGAGCUGACGUUCAGCGACGAGGCGCUGAAGGCGGUGGCCGCGCUCGCUAUGGAGCGGAAGACUGGCGCCCGAGGACUGCGCGCUAUCAUGGAGAACCUGCUGCUGGAGGUGAUGUUCGAGAUCCCGGGCUCGGACGUGUCGUCGGUGCACAUCCACGAGGGCUGCGUGGAGCGCAGCGAGCCGCCGCGCGUGGCGCGCCGCCGCGAGCCCGCCGCGCGCGCGCCCGGCCGCGAGCUGGACGACUGGCCCUCGAAUGUUGUCACUACGGCGGAGUGGCCAAGAUCACAAAACGGGUGUUCUAUGUGAUAUUUUAGGCUCAAGGCAACAGUUACGCAACCAUCUGUCACUCAGUCGUGUGUGCUGUGAGCGAUUACAAGUAUGGUGGUUAAAACGAACGGACAAUGUCAGUGCUAUUAGUGAUGCCCCACUAUCGUAAUACGUAGAUGUCCUAUAGCAUGUCUCAUCGAACUAACUGUAUAUUUGUGAGUAGUUCGCAGUAGUGAGGUAUUUGGCGGCUAGAUCACCCCACCCUCAGUGGCGCGGACGAAUUAGAAUCGAGGUAAGAGUUGUUCGUUGCUGUCAUAGGUCUUAAUAAAUGUUAUAAAAGAUAAAAAAAAUGUGUUUUCGGUUUAGUCAAUAUUGUGAAAUCGUACAACGUUUAGGCAUUUCGGGAGUCCCGUUUUAAGACUUUGUGUUUUAUCUGUUUUUAUGUAUGUCGAACAGUCUAUUUCUGAUUUUACGGAUAACGUGUGGUUUUGUUAUCUAUAUUUAAUCAAUGUGCCGUAAAAUUAGUAAUGUUCAUUGUAAGAUCCAAUCAUUAUUCUAAUAUCGUAUUUGUAUUUAGAGUAAUUUGUUGUUUCAUACAAAUGUAGUUAUAAAUCAAGUAGAUGUACCCUAGCAAGCAUUUGAAGUAAAGUCGUUAGCCGAAGGAUAAUAUAAUGUAACAAAAACUAUGUCUAUAGCUUAGCGAUAGUUUGAGAGGACUCCUGAAAGCUUGUUCCAGUUAGCAUUUCAUAAAGCGUGCCAGAUUUUACUGAAAAUUUUCAAUACGAUUCUUUAUAUCUCAUUGCUCAAUCUCAACUAAGUAACCAAAUUCAAGUACGUAGAGGUAAAUCUAUAAUCGUGAUUGAAAAUAUUCACAAAACUCACCCGUUUGAAUAUUUUAACUUCAGGCCUUUUUAGGUCUUGCUAUUAGUUCCUUGCGUUAGUUUAUGUUGGAAAUUAAAAACAAAUGUUGUAUAGUCCCAACCACCAUACAACAUGCUCUUGUGAUGUAAAUUACUGUAAAUAGUAAUAAAUAAUGAUGAUAAAUAGAAAAAAAGUGUUAUUAUUAAGGUUUAUAAAAAUUAAAAAAUAGGGUUCAUUUUGCUACAUACCAGCUAAGUUGUAAGUACGAAAAGUCACACGCAGAAUUUUGAUAGUUAAAAUUACGUAUAUUUUGUUUCGGCCAACAACACUGAGAAGAAUUUGACGUUUUGACAUUUUGUUAAUUAUUAUACAUAAUUAUUUUUUUAUUUAUAAAUGGAUCGUUGUGGUGUGAUUAUAGUAAAGCGUGAAUUUUUGUUAAAAAUAAAAACCUCCAAAUAGAUUUGUCUAAAAUUCUGGACUUUGUGAUAGGAUAAAUUUAUGGCAUGUUGAUAUAAUCACAUUGCAACUCAAGUAAAAUAGUAUAAGCCUAUUUUCAAUUUAAAUAUAAAGAAAACCAAA